AAAGAUCCUUUCUUUGAUCCUUGUGAAUUUUUGCAUCAGAAGCUGACAUGCUCUUGUAUUCUUUUCAUACUGGUCAUCUUUGUUUAUGAUGACAAUGAAAUCACUUUUUUGAUAACCAUGUUAUUGUUUCCCUAUUGUUUUUUAGCGCCGUACAUAGAUACAACUGUUUGGAUUCUUAAAAGCGGGAUAUUUUUGAUAAAUUAGUAAAGAUCCUGUACCAGAGAGUCAAAGUAGUUACGAGAGGUUUAUUUUAUUUAUUUUUUUUUUUUGGAUUGAGUACAAUCAAAUUUAACCUGUGACUGAGUCCCUCUGGAGGGCCGUGGUUUGCCUGUUUUAAAUCACCAGCGAAGGAGCGUUAAAUGGACUUAUCUAUCUAUACCCGUUAUUAAUUUGGUUUAAAAAGAACGGAUUUGCUGACUAUAAUUUGCAGCAUUCAACCGCAAUGCUGUUAUAGUAAUGUAAAACCCGGUUUACACAUCAUUACUUUUAUAACUCCUGAUUUCUAAUCCAUUUAUUUCUCCAGAAUAUUAAUUUUUACAAGAUGAUAACAAAUUAUUCCAAACUGGUUGGAAAGUGCGAAUUUCGUUAAGAAAAGCUGUUUAGUUUUCUAAGACGAAGAAGUCUAAAACAGGAUUUCACGAUGCGAACUGUAAUUUUAUCUGCUGUUUUAACAGCUCUGUUAACCAUAUAUCUCCUGUACUGGUGCUUUGUUUUACCUUUUAAAUCCUUUUACAUGGAAGAAGACAGGUAUAUUUUAUUCACGAUUGGUUUGGUGAUACACCUUCUGCUGGUAACAAUUAUUUCUGCAUUUUUAAUAUCGUCAUUCCUCAUUCGGUCAAACAUAUCUGACCAAAAUUUAUACCUGUAUAUUGUUAUGGCAAUAUGUGACUUACUGUAUUCUUGGAUAAACCAUGUUUUUGUAAUUGCUAUAUUGUGGGGGAAUAUUUCCGAUAAAGGGACAAUUAAAAGUAUGACCAGGGUCUUUAAUUACAUGGCAAACACAGUGUACGUACUUUCGAUUUCAAGUUUUAUCGCGUAUUCUUUCUGGACUGCAUGUCAAAUAAAAUUCGCACGUCCGACUGUGAAACUAUUAUACAAGGUGGUAACAAUAGUGGAUUUGAUAGUCGUAUCCCACAUUUACGGGGCUGUUGCCUUAAGGCUAUAUGACGUGGAUUCCAAAUAUGCAAGUUAUGUAGAUGCCAUCAUAAAAUUUUUUGUCCCAAUGGUCAUCCUAAUUACUCUUAUCAUCUUUUUUGCCAAUAUCAAGAAGACAGAAUCGACUUCGAGCAUCAAUGCUAUCAGUGUUAACGUAGUGUACGGUGUUACAAUGGUUUAUGGAUCUUACCUUGCUGUCGCUAACUUGAACGCGCGUGCUGAUUAUAACUUAGCAUCCGUGUUUGCAACGUUUUACUGGUUGAUCCUUUUGAUAAAGCCGCUGUUGUUUCCGCUUUUUGAUAAAAAUGUCCGUGAAGUGUUUCGCAAGUUUUUCUGUCGUAGCACAAGUACACAAACCACAAAUAAUUAUGCCAAUUUCUCCAAUGACGAAGUUUGUGUGGAUGUUCGGAGCGUUGAUGAAACGCCAUCGCUACAAACGCGGGGAGGUCUAGAGUAGUGAACUUAAAACAUUGCAGGGGAGGAACACUGUUAUUUUAAAUCAAUGACAUGCACUUUUUCACAGUUAUGCGAAUGACACCUGGACACAAACGUCCACAACAAAUUGCAAGACCUCUGACCAGGGUUACAUUUUACUUUGUUUUUUUUAUUAAACAGAUUUUGUAUUUUUAUUUUCAACGAGCAUAGCGCUAGAUGGUAAUAACAGAAACAGUUAUUGUAAUCAAGAAUUUUACUGUUAGGCAUAUAGGUAUAUUCCAGAAAUGACAAUUGUUUCGAUUCGUUUUCCAAUUCGUUUUUCAAUGGAAAUUCACCCUUACAGAGGGAGGGAAUUAGCCCCAUUCCCCUAAUAUUAGGGGCAUUCACCCCCAAAAGAGCCCAGCAGGAGUAGAACUAACCAUUUUAUUUAAUACAUCUUGCAAUACCGUGUCUUAAUUGUCAGCUAUUUUAAUUAAUAUUAUUAUAUUGUAUUUUAGUAAAUUUUUGUAUGCAUUUUAUUAUUAUUAGUUUCCAAGAUUUUGUUCCAAUUGCCAGCCGAUACAUUUCAUUGUAUUACCCAAAAAGAACAUUAAAAACCACGUUAAAUCUUAACAUCCACACUGAAAGUAUUGGAUCAUUUUCGGUUAAAUUGUAUUAGUAUUAAUUAUUGUUUAGUAUAGCUCGUUAUAACUUUCAUCUUAACACAAUGUAUUUUGUAUGAAGUAUUGGUCUUUUUCUUUUCUCUCCCCCAUCAUCAGGGUUUUCUUAAAUUAAACCUAAAAAUUAAGUUUUACAAAUGCCUCAACAUUUUUUUAAUGCUAAAUGGGUAAUCCUGGGUUGUUUGCGUAUGCUUAAUAAGUUACGCUGAUAUAAAAUAUGUUAUGGUAAACAAUCGAAUUAAACAAAAAACUCCCUUA